UGUCAGUCAGUCGUCCGUUUAUGUCAAGACAUGUCUGCCCUGAUCUCUCUGAGGAAGAGAGCCCAGGGGGAGAAGCCCCUGGCCGGGGCGAAGAUAGUGGGCUGCACCCAUAUCACUGCUCAGACAGCCGUCCUGAUUGAAACUCUGGUGGCCCUCGGGGCCCAGUGCCGCUGGACUGCCUGUAACAUCUACUCCACUCAGAACGAGGUGGCCGCUGCUCUCGCUGAAAUUGGUGUAUCUGUGUUUGCGUGGAAAGGUGAAUCAGAGGACGACUUCUGGUGGUGCAUCGAUCGCUGUGUCAACAGGGACGGCUGGCAGGCCAAUAUGAUCUUGGACGAUGGUGGAGAUUUGACUCACUGGGUUUACAAGAAGUAUCCCAGCGUGUUCAAGAAGGUCCGAGGAAUCGUGGAGGAGAGCGUCACUGGUGUUCACAGAUUGUAUCAGUUGUCUAAGGCGGGCAAGCUGUGCGUCCCUGCGAUGAAUGUGAACGACUCGGUUACGAAGCAGAAGUUUGACAACCUCUACUGCUGCCGCGAAUCUAUUCUGGAUGGCUUGAAAAGGACCACGGACAUAAUGUUUGGAGGCAAACAAGUGGUUGUGUGUGGUUAUGGGGAGGUGGGAAAAGGCUGCUGCACUGCUCUUAAAGCCCUUGGCGCCAUUGUGUGCAUCACAGAGAUUGACCCCAUCUGUGCUCUGCAGGCAUGUAUGGACGGAUUUCGAGUGGUCAAGCUGAGCGAGGUCAUCCGGCAGAUGGACGUGGUGAUAACUUGCACUGGAAACAAGAACGUUGUUUCCAGAGAGCAUCUUGACCGAAUGAAAAAUGGCUGCAUUGUCUGCAAUAUGGGACAUUCCAAUACAGAGAUCGAUGUGGCGAGUCUACGCAGCCCCGAGCUGACCUGGGAGAGGGUUCGCUCUCAGGUCGACCACAUCAUCUGGCCAGAUGGGAAAAGGGUUAUUGUGCUGGCAGAGGGUCGUCUUUUAAACCUGAGCUGUUCUACAGUGCCUACAUUCGUGUUGUCCAUCACUGCUACUACUCAGGCUCUAGCCUUGAUUGAGCUGUACAACGCUCCAGAAGGACGAUACAAACAAGAUGUGUAUCUUCUGCCCAAGAAAAUGGAUGAGUACGUGGCCAGUUUGCACUUGCCCAACUUUGAUGCCCACCUGACAGAGCUGUCCGAUGAGCAGGCUAAGUACAUGGGGCUGAACAAGAACGGCCCGUUUAAGCCAAAUUAUUACAGGUACUAAUAAAGAUGUCUGCUACUCAGUGAAACGUUGCCCUGGGAUGAACAGAGAUAUCUAUUUUAUUUUCUAAACUACUGCAAAACGGAGGAAUUAUUUUACUUAUGCUGAAUGUAACUUAUUAAUAGCACCUUAGGAGUAGAUCUAAAUAUUUCAGGAUAAGACAUAUAGAGAACUUAUAAUAUAUAAUGAACUAACAUGGGUCUGUCUUGUGUUCAGAGAGCAUCCUACUUGCAUGCAUUGAUGUUUUUGUGUUUUUAGUUGUUAAUGAGUUUUUGUUUCCUGAUCACGCAGCUGUCGAUUUGUUCGUUUACUCUAUUUAACGCGCAGUGCCAAACGAUGGCCGUUUCUGUUUCGUUUGUCAGUGGUGUGGAGAAUUUAUGGGCACAUUCUUUGAACCAGAGUUUAAGCUGAGCCAAAGCAAGCUCUGUGAUGGUAUGCACAUUAUCUUAGUCGUUUUGUAUGCAUGAAAGCGUUUUUUAAUGCUGCCUGCACAUACGGCCUACAACGUAACAUCAACUAGAUCAUGAAGAAUAAAAAAAUAUGUCUAUAUGCAUUUUUUUGUAACAAUACAACCAAAAGCUUCAAUAUUUUUUGGGCGGGGAUUUUUUUUGACAGCGUUACAAGGUAGUUGAAGAAUACAGGAUUUUCCAAAUGUAUACAAAUAAAAAUCUGAAGAGUCUUACGUCCAGCAGUUUUCUUCUCCCCUGAGUCAAAGCUUUGUAUAACCACCUCCCACUCAGGUGAGAGCUGCACGUCUUUAGAGACUAACGUUUUAUCCGUUCCUCUUUGCAAAAUAGUUCAAACUUAUUCAGAUUGGAUGGAGGCCUUUGGUUCAGAUUUCAUUGUAGCUCUGGUUGUUUAGGCUGAAAGGUAAACCUCCACCCCUGUCUCAAACUUGCUGCCUCUGGUUUCCUUUCUGGACUCCUAUAUUAACUCUGACAACUUUCCAAUAAUUCCUGCUGAAGAAAAACAUCCCCCUUGGAUUAUGCUGCCACCACCAUGUUACACAGUGAGGCUGUGGAAAAGUGUGCACUUUUCCACUACAAAGUACAAAACUGUUAGCUAAAAUUGUUUUACUUUUGUGUCAUCUGACCAGAACACUUUCUUCCACGUAUUUACUAAAUUAUCUAUGCGGCUUGUGGUAAACGUUCUUGCCUUUGCUCUUGACACUCAUCCACAAUCCUUUUUGUAGAGUUCACAGCUGGUAGUAGUGCUGUCAACAGAUUCUCCAGCCUGAGCUGUUGCUCUCUGCAGCUCCUCCAGAGUAACCUCUUGUUCUGCUUCUCUGACUAAUGAAUCAUUUUUCCAUUUUCAGAUUUAUUUACAUAGGGCCGUUGUGGUAAAAGGGGCCAAAUAUAAGUGCUUGACUCACUUUCAGAUUUUUAUUUGCAAAACAAACAGGAAAAAAAAUUUAAACCAUUAAUUGUUUUUUUUCUCACUCCACAAAUAUGCUGCUGUGUGUUGCUUUAUCAAAUAAAAUCCCUUGAAGUUUCUGGUUGAAACGUAAAAAAAGGUGAAAAAGCUUAAAGGAUGUGAAUACAUUUUAUGAUUAAAAUAAGUUUAUUUAACAAAAGAAAACAAUUAGUUUUGACACAGUAUGUGUUAAAAAUAAAGGCUUUACAUAUUCCUGAAGGGAACUUGGGAAAAACCUGAAGAGUAAAGCCACAAGAGUUCUCUCAAUAAAUGACUCCCCUCAUUUAUUUCCAACUUUCCAUUUGCUCUGAUGCAUUCCAGUCCUGAUCUCCGUCACUCUAAAAACCUUUUGCCUGAAUGAUGCCUUUUAAGGCCAUGGUAUGAAUGUGCCUUUUAUGAUUUUUUAUAAUCCUGUAUUCAAAGAGGUUGGGACACUGUUUCAAAUGGAAGAAAACUACACAAUUCUUUCCCUCUCCAGAAAGAGAGAUUUUGAUCUUUCCGGUUAAGAAUUAUUGUUUUGAUCGGAACAAAUAAAAGAUUAAUGGACAUUUCUGUCUGUGAGAAUCAAAUGCUAGCAGCAGAGAAACCUAAUUUGAACAGUUUCAUUUUAUUUCCAUUAAAACUUUAGAUCCAAAGUUUUAAUGGGUUUGAGUAUCUGCACUAUUUGCUCCAGUUUGGAAAUCCCAUAAGUGUCCGAACUUGUUUUGAAACAGGUUUUCUAAACCAACCAUCAGCGCUGACCUUAAUUUAGCGAAUCAUCAUUCCUUUUUUAACAAAACCUAUUUAAACGUAACGUCUUCCUUUCACUGCUUAUGGUAUUAAUUGUAACUUUAACUUAUGAGAUGUAUUUUAAGAAAAAUAAUGAACUUUACGUCUGGCAUAUGAUUGUCACUGUCUUAAUUUGAUUCAACUGUGUCACCUUAAUUAACAUUUUACGUGAUUAAAAUAACAUUAAGUGUGUAUUAUGUAUGUAAAUUCAUGCAUUAAAUCAGCAAUAAAGCAGAGCUUUUUAACUGA